AUACUUAACGAACUCCGCCAACCGUCAAAACUAAAAGCGCCAAAUAGCUCACGCUGUGUCUUUCUAAACCCUUUCCCUCCUCUGCUUUGCUAAUCAACCAAGUCCCAGGAAAACACAUUUUCCUCACAAAAGUCCCAUCUUCUCCCAAGAAAAUGACGAGAAAUAUCAGCCUUCCUCCUCCACGCUCAGUCCGCACUGGGUUUCUUCACGCUGUCUACGCCCAUAUAAUCUUUUUUGGUCUCCUCAUCUGUUCAGGAAAUUUUAUCUGCAGUUUCAUCCAACGCCCCUCUCCCCGGGCCUUUCUGCCGUUGGAUCCACUCCCAGAGACUGCAAUCUUUCACUCUCCCGAGGUUUUCGAGCGGGAUUAUGCAGAGAUGGAGAGACAUUUCAAGAUCUUCCUGUACCCGGAUGGAGACCCUAAUAUGUAUUAUCAUACACCAAGGAGUCUUUCCGGCAAGUAUACCAGCGAAGGGUAUUUCUUUAAGAACAUUAGAGAAAGUCCGUUUGUGACUAAUGACCCUGAAACUGCGCAUCUCUUCUUCAUUCCCAUCUCCUGUCAUAAAAUGAGAGGCAAGGGCCUCUCUUAUGAGAACAUGACCAGAACCGUCCAGGAAUAUGUCGAAAGCUUAAUGGUCAAGUACCCUUUCUGGAAUAGAACUUUAGGUGCUGAUCACUUUUUCGUGACUUGCCAUGACAUUGGCUUGAAGGCUACUGUAGGAGUUGCUCAUCUUGUCAAGAAUUCAAUUCGAGUCGCGUGUACAACUGGAGAUGGUGAUGGAUAUAUCCCACACAAGGAUUUCCCUCUUCCUCAAAUAGUGCAGCCAUUUUCUCUCCCCGCUGCAAGAUUUGACCCUAAGAAUAGGAAUACACUAGAAUUCUGGGCUGGCAGCCUCAAGUCUGAGCUAAGACGUGAAGUGGUUAGUGCUUGGCAGAAUGACACAGAGCUUGACAUUCAGAGCAAUUCUAUGAUUAAUGCACACCUAGAGAAGUUCAACACAGCUAAAUUUUGCAUAUGUCCUGGUUGGUCUCACGUCCAUGGCUCACGUAUAGCACUCUCCAUUCACCAUGGAUGUGUCCCUGUUAUCAUGUCAGACCACCAUGAUUUGCCAUUCGAUGAUAUUCUUGAUUGGAGCAAGUUUUCAAUAAUAAUCAAGGAAGAUGAUGUUCACCAGAUUAAGCACAUUCUUGAGAGAAUAUCCUAUGACACAUUCAAGUCUCUGCAUUACAAUACUGUGCAGGUGCAGAGGCAUCUACAGUGGAACUCACCUCCCAUCAAAUAUGAUGCAUUUCAUAUGGUCAUGUAUCAGCUGUGGCAGCGCCGUCAUGUUACCAAGUACUAAAUGAACUGAAUUACUAGAAGAUAUACCUGGUACACUCACUCUAGUGCCUUCAAAGCCUUUUAUUUUGAGAUGAUUGUACAGUCCAAAUUUCGGUCUUCUCCUUGUAAGGAGUAAUCCUCCUAUGCUUGAAAAAUCAUGACAAAGAUGGAGCUGGAUAUGCCUGUCAAGCAAUUGAGCCCCUGGGCCUGAUUAAACAUGCUUGUCUUCCAUUUUUCACCGCAACGAUCCACCUCAAACUUUUAGGCAUACUAUAUCAAGUACCUAAAUAUCAUAGGUUCCAUGUUGCCACUAUACACGUAGCCAUGAACUUCCGAAACAGGUAAAAA